AUGGAUCAGAUUCUAGAAGGCUUGUUCAACUCAGACCAGCCUGACAAACUAAAGGAGGCAUUUGUGGCCAGGAUAUGUGAACAAGGCACACAGGGCUCCCAGAAUGAACAUACAGUCAGAGGUGUCCUGCAGGUGAGCAGCAGAUGGAUUCUCAAUGGGACUACAACACUGCAGGUGAAAUCAGGCUUUCUUUUGUUGAAAUCCUGGGGCAGCCGCAGUCGGGAUGUCUUUCACUCGUUCUUCACUCCCAACCUGGUGGCUGAAAUGUUGACUCAUGGGUUUGGAGGCAUGGAGGCUAAUGUACCCUUGCUUCUAAGAGAAGGUUUCCGAGUGAUGAGCCAAGGUGGUACCAGUUUGGACAGCGAGCAUGUGCAAGUGGUGCAGGGCAACAUCACAAAAUUUGUGUGCAAGACACAAGAACGAGUGGUUGUUCGCAAUGUUGGGCUACUUCUGCGUGAGUUUCCAGAAUGCAUCCCGCCCAAUGCUAACGAGAAGACUAACUUUUGUGUGGCUAUCUUACAUCAUCUCAGUGUUGGGGUUCCACCAGAACAAGGUCAAGUGAUUCCAAAGUUUAUCAACAACACAGAUGAAAUUGCAGGCUUCCUGAAUGUGCUCUGGACUCCUUAUCCAUCAUCUUUGCUGGAGACCUGCCUGGCCACCAUUUUUAGCAUCAUCUCAGCUUCAAGGACAGAGGAGAUGUCUGAGCCAGCCAUCUGCCUAGCAGCAGUGGUCAAACACAUCCCUAUUGAGAUGGCUAACAGAGUUGUGAAAGAUGUGGUGACCGAUAGGUCCAUCACAGAUGCAUCUCUAGAAGCAGCUGUUGGUCAGAUUGUGGAGUGGUUGAAGUGGCCCACAGCGGUCAAUGUGGACAUGUGGCUGCUGUGUUUUCUCUCUGAACUGGCCAAAGCUCAGAAGUACACACUGCUGGUGCGGAUCAUAGAAGCCAGUGCUGAUCAGGUUGCAGAGACAUUAGCUUACCCAAACCUGAGACGUGCUGCUUUUAGAGUUUUGUCCCAGAUGCUUCUUGGAUUUCAUCACUCACCUGGGCCCUUUCAUAAGUGCUUGGAGAAGAUUCCUAUCAUUGUCCACGUACUGAGGAGUGAGGGUACCCCCCAGAGUGGUGCCUUUCUGAAGGAGUUUUCUGAGCUCAUUUAUGACCUCAUGUAUCAACAUACAGGCUUUCCAGAACUGUAUGAGCCUGUGCUGGAGCUGAUCAAGGACUUUCCCCAGCCAAGUGUAGACGAAAUCAAAAUCAAACUAAAUCAGAUCCGAUGGCUGACACAGGCUGGCUGUACCAGUGUCAUAGAGACUGCAGCACCGUCUUUGUUGGUCAGCGCAGUCAAGCAGGAGAAGCUGGAGCUUGGAAAGACUGGCUUGGAGAACCUGGGAAACACAUGUUAUAUGAACAGUGUGUUACAGGCCCUGUAUAUGUGUGAUCAGUUCCGUCGAGGUGUGCUCGCUAGAAUCCCGCUGGGAAAGGAAGGACUCCUAGUCAAGUUGCAACAUGUUUUUGCUCAACUCAGUCAGUCGUCUCGUCCAGCCAUAGCCCCCAGCAAGUUCCUGCAGAGCUCAAGACCCCCAUGGUUUCUCCCUGGACACCAGCAAGACUGCUCAGAGUUCCUGAAGUACCUGCUAGACCAGCUGCACGAGGACGAGAAGUCUUCUGCCUCUAACCUGGGCAUGAAGAAAAGUCAGUCGGCAGGAUCCAUCUCACCAAAUGGGACCAUCAAAAUAAACACAGGCACUCUGAGUAAAGCUGAAAGAAGGAAGGCUGUUGUCAUGCUGACGUCAUUAAAGAUGAAGACAGAGGAUGAGAUAAACAGUGUUAAUGGCUCAGGGGCAGGUAGCUUAGAAAAUGAUAAGUGUUCAGAAUCCAUUCAAUCCCUUGUUGAAAGAACUUUUAGAGGUAAAGUCCAAACGACCCUAAGGUGCCUUGCAUGCCAGAAGGUUUCUUCGAGAGUCGAAAGCUUUGCAGACAUUCCUCUGGCUUUCCCGAAUUCAUCACGGCCUAUGGAGUAUCUACAGAAAAAUCUGGCAGGGGGUAAUGAUGUCGCCGGCGCAGAUGUUGCCAUGGAGAGCAUGCAGUCUGAUGCUGCCGUUGACGUGGAUCUUUCAAAACCAAAUGAUUCUUCCUUUACUUUGAAUGACCUCAUUUCGUUUUAUCUGAAACCCGAGAAACUAACGGGGGACAAUAUGUAUCAGUGUGAUCAGUGCGGCAAACUCCAAGAUGGAGAGAGAACCAUUCAGAUUGUAGAGUCCCCUCACUACCUUAUCCUCACUCUUCUGAGAUUCUCGUAUGAUACCAAGCUUCAGACAAGAACAAAGAUAUUUCAGGACGUCCGUUAUCCUCGCACACUUGCCGUACCUGUCUGUGAUGCAUUAUCAGCUGUGUCCAGAGAUGAAAAACCAGAUUUCCAGAAACAUUAUGCAAGAAGUAGCAGCUGUGCCAGUCCCAGGAAUGGUGCAGAUUUGGUUGAUUUAUAUCAGGCUAAACUGGAGAACAUUGCUGCCCGCCUGGCACCAGAAUGUGAACCAUCUACUCAGGUACCUACCAGAUGUGAUCUCUAUGGCUUGACCAGUGUGAUCGUCCACUCUGGUGCUUCGUCGGAAUGUGGGCACUAUUACUGCUAUGCUCGCCACUCCCAGACUGGGCAGGUCAGUGCCAAGCUUCUAGACAAGGUCAGUGACAACAACCUGGGCAACUUGGACCUGCUCUCGGACAGGUGGUACAGUUUUAAUGACAGCCGUGUCUCUCAUGCCACAUUUGAUUCUUUCAGCAAUGUUACAAAGAAAUUCUCCAAGGACACCGCAUAUGUGCUCAUUUACCGCAAACUAGCCUGUGAGGAUCUCGUCCUGGGUGCCAACGUGGAGCCAGUCUUGCGGUCAGACUUAAGAGAUGCCGUCAUCAAAGACAAUGAGCUUUAUCUCAAGGAACAAGAGUUAGAAGCCAGAGCCAGGGAGGAGCAGAGGCGCCGCAGAUCAUCCUCUGUGAACUCAGCCAACCUUAACAACUGGCAGAACAGAGAUGACGAUGAUGACGACUCACACAAAGGCCACCCUGGAUACACAAGUGGCAUUGGCAGCGGCCUGGAUAUUACGGGGUCCAGAUUUGUGUUCUAG